UGGCAGUGCCGUACGCAUACAGUCUGCAAACAGAGCUGAGGGGAUUUUAACUGGAUACGUCACAACUAAAGGGGGGAAAGAAAAGAGGGAGGGACAGAGGAGGAGGGGAGAGAAGGAGAGAGAAGAGGAGAGCGAACGAUGAACAGAGAGAGAAAGAGAGGGGAGAGGGAGUGAGUGAGAGAGAGUGGAGAGGGAUAUAUUGACUCAAAGCUGGUCUGCAUGCUCCACAGUGUGUGAGAGACAGAGGACGUGAGAGCGGGUAAGAUGGAGUGCUGGCACAGAUGAAGACUGUCCCUGGUCCCAUUUGACAGUCCACAUGAGCGUCUCCAAACCCCCACCUCCUCCCUCCACCUCUCACCUGACCAUUCCCCCCUCGUCCACCUCCACCCCGUCCUCGUCGGCCUCCUCCCCGUCGGCCACGCGCCACUCCACCGCACUGCCCCCUCCCUCGCCGGUCAAGAUCUCUAUGCAGGAGCACUUUGCCAUCAACGUGUGCCCGGGCCCCAUCCUCCCCAUCCCACAGAUCUCGGACUUCUUCCCCCGUUUCCAUGACUACCCCUGCACGCCGCCGCCUCCGAGGGAGAAGAAGAUCCUGAAGGAGGAGACAUUCAACGGGGAGACGGGAGGGGGAUACAAGGAUGGGGAGAGGCGGGGGGACAACGACGGAGACCGGGAGGAGAUGUUGGACUCUGAUGACGAAGACACCUACCUGGGCACGCUGGAGUUCAACCUGCUGUUCGAUCAGGAGAACAACUGUCUUCAUUGUACUAUUCACAAGGCAAAGGGACUGAAAGCCAUGGACUCCAAUGGGCUGGCAGAUCCAUACGUCAAGCUUCAUCUUCUCCCCGGGGCUAGCAAGGCAAACAAGCUACGGACAAAAACCCUGAAGAACACGUUGAACCCAGUGUGGAGCGAGACGCUGGUGUACCAUGGCAUCACUGCAGCCGACAUGACCACAAAAACCCUCAGGUUGUGUGUAUGUGACAUGGACAGGCUCGGCCGAAAUGAAUUCAUCGGAGAGGUGAGGGUGGCCCUGAAGAAACUGAGAGAGGGCGAGAGCAAACGCUACAAUAUGGGCUUGGAGAGAAUUACACAGAAUAAAGAAGCUAACAAUCAAAUGGUGGAGCCGGGUGCGCUUGUGGCGGAGGAGGAGCGCGGCCGCAUCCUGGUGUCACUGUGCUAUAACACAGAGAAGAGCUGUCUGCUGGUUGGGAUCAUACGCUGUGCCCAUCUGGCCGCCAUGGACUCCAACGGCUACUCGGACCCCUUCGUCAAAAUCUUCUUGCAGCCGGAUAUGGGAAAAAAGUCCAAGAACAAGACAACAGUGAAAAAAAAGACUCUCAACCCUGAAUUCAAUGAGGAGUUUUCAUACGACGUGCCCGUGGACCAGCUGGCGAAGAAAACCCUGGAGAUCUCUGUUUGGGACUACGUUGGAAUGAGCAACGACUUCAUAGGUGGAGUGGAGCUGGGCAUCAACGCGAGCGGAGAGAGACUCAAACACUGGUUUGAGUGUCUCAAAAACAAAGGGAAGAAAGUGGAGUACUGGCAUACGCUCACACAGCAAGGAGCCCCGCCCAGUGACAAACCGGACUAGAUAACAAAAGACGUCCAUGCAAACACACACGUAGACAUGUGCACACACAGACACACACCUACACACACCUACACACACUUUUCCCACUGAGAAACAGUUGGAAACAGAGACCAAGUCAAGCAGUAAUAAGAGCAAAGGAUAAAACAUGCAAUAAUAAUAUUGAUAAUAAUAACAAUGUUGAAGAUGAAAUCUGUCGUUGAACGCCAAUGCUUCAAGCACCGAGUAUUAGUAUGUGAUAUUCAUACUAAUAUCAGUGAUGGUAACAAUCUGAAUACAUUAUUUUUUUUUUUUUGAAGGUGAACCAAAUUGUGACAAUGUCCUCAUUAAAGUGUUGACGUUAAAAAAAAAAAAAAAAUACUCACACAAAUUGUGCUUUAGACCUCACUGUAAUGUGGAAGUCGCUCAUACUCUGUCGUUCAGAUUCACACCAGAGGAAGAGAUGACGAGAACCGAAUGUACUCGAAAUCCAUUCAGUGAAAGAGGGCCGGCAGCACGUGCACCCCAGUGACUCAUAACGUGGUGUUUAGUGAGGAGAGCGGGGACGUCAUGAAAAAAAGGGGAAUUCUGUCCUGAGAAGUCUAUUUCAGUGGUUGUUGAUCUGAUGCAAAACAACGACGACACCAUAUUAUAAAGCACAAAAUGAUCCAUUUGGUGGAUUUGUACCUUUAAUGUUUCAGUGUUCUUCUGUCUUUCAUCGAGUUAAAGUGACAGUGGCUCUCUGUU